GGAGAGAGUCUGCGAGGCGCGGGGAGGGCCUAGAUAUAGUGGAGUGGCCAACGCUCCUUCCAACACAGCCCAUUGCCAGAAUAUGGACAGGAUGGUCGACGGCAUCCAUGGGUCAUCGCAGCCCAGGCACUGCAACCAGGGGCGCCAGUGGCAGGAGCGCCCGCAGAACCAAGGCAAGGCAGGGCAACCUGCAGCGGUAGGGCUAUGUAUGGGGCUAUGCCAGAGGAAACACGGUUGAUGCAUCACGAUACCAUUCCGUUCUUAGCGAGUCGGCCAGAGUCAGAGCGAUGCAAAGCGGUGGAGUUUUUGAUGGAUUUGACUGCAAUGCGAUGCUACGUUGGGCAGGUGCGAUGAUCUUGGUUUAGGGUUGGUUAUGUAAUGCGCAUUACUGUGUGUAAGGUAAUAACUUAUACAUCGGGCUGGAGAGUACAGUCCGGGCGGGAUCAAGGCCAACAGUCCGAGAAGCCUUUUGCCUCUUACUCCGUACUCUCCUUCUUGAACACCAAUAACCUGGUAACUGUUUUCCAGCACUCUUGCACUCAGAUCGAUGUCAGCUAUCUGUACACUAGGUACCUUAUAGGCCUAUUCACCAAAGCCCUAGUGGCCUUCGGAAAUGUCAACGUUACGUUACCAUUGAGAGAGGUUCUCGGUCUGGGCCCAGCCAGCAUUGUAUUUUCGCCGUUUCAAACUGCAAGGGCACUCCACUCCCUCUUGGCAUCGGGCCAUCAACAAAACUCAGACUCAACAGUCAAGCCUUGGCAGCUGGACGCACUCCCAUCAUCACGGCUUGCUAGCAAUCAACAGCUACGUUGCAGGAGGUGGCCUAAUUUGGGUCUGAGUUUUCACGGAUUUUUAACGCAACAAAUCCCAUGCCCGGCUAGCUCGCUAUAUGUAGCUGUCACUAGCUUAGCCUCAUCGGUUUUCGGGUUGAGUCUUAUGAUGUCCUGCAUCAACCUCAUGCAUCGUUCCAAUUCGUUACCACGUGCUUCCCAGUACAAGGUCGAUUACCUAUCCGUGGGCGAGUCCGUGCAUCUAUUUUAGGGGCUGAACAGCUAAAAUAACAAAACGACGGGACGACACGUCAGGUGAAGAAUUGAGGUGAGUAAAAAAAAAAAAAUGCCGCCCGGCUUCGUCGUUUUCCUCUGUC